AUGCACCCCCAGUUCGUGGUCUCGCUUGGAGACAACUUCCUCGAGCUCGGCCUUCCAGACGUCAAUGCCCCUCAAUUCGCCCAGUCCUUUACGAAUAUCUACACCCACCGCAGCCUGCAGAUCCCCUGCUGGGCCAAUCACGACCACCCCUCGUUCUUCCCUUCCCCUUUUCCCCCUCUCCCCGCCCUCCCAGGCUUCCUGGGAAACCAUGACUAUUAUGGGAACGUGCUAGCCCAGCUGCAUCCAGCGCUGGCCAAUCGCGAUCCUCGAUGGACUUGCCGUCGCAGCAUGGCCCUCUCGCUGCCCAUCUGCGCCGAGAUGGAUGACCAGGGCGUUGACUGCGUUGACACUGGAGGAGGGCAGGGUGUUGACCGCGUUGACUCUGGAGGAGGGCAGGGUGUUGACCGCGUUGACUCUGAAGGAGGGCAGGGCGUUGACUGCGUUGACUUUGUUGACCUGUUUCUGUACGACUCGAUGCCGCUGAUCCCUGCAUACCGGCGCAAGGAGGGCCGGCGGGUGGACUGGAGGGGCCUCAACACGGGCAACUGGAGCCGGCAGGAGGAGGCACAGCUGCAGGAGGAGCGCCGGGUGGACUGGAGGGAGCUCAACACGGGCAACUGGGGCCGCCAGGAGGAGGCGCAGCUGCAGGAGCUGGAGGGGUGGCUGAGCAACUCGCAGGCGCGGUGGAAGGUGGUGGGGGCGCACCACCCGGUGUUCAGCUAUGGCAAGCACGGCGACCAGCCCGAGAUGGUUGAGAGGAUCAAGCCGCUGCUGGAGGAAGGGAAGGUGGUGGGGGCGCACCACCCGGUGUUCAGCUAUGGCAAGCACGGCGACCAGCCGGAGAUGGUUGACAGGAUCAAGCCGCUGCUGGAGGUGAGGGCUUAA